GAAACACUCGGCUGCUGGUGGUCCUUCUGGAGAAUCCAGGCAAGCUUAGUUCUAUUACCAGCGGCUUUAGUGUGGCAUUGCUUCUUAAGAAUAAUAAGGUUCUCGAUGCAUAAGCACAAACACCAUUGGCAUUUAUUCUGCUCACAAAGGGCAUGAGAUAAUCAUGGUGAUCCAAGAUGAAUAUCCUCCACUGCUCCAUUGCCUGUAGUGUGAACAAAAUCCAGAAUGAAGCUCGCUACUAUGAGAUAUUUCAAGAAAGUUAUGGGCUCCGAUCAUAGUAUCUCCAGUUAUCUUUCUUUGAAGACACCUAUCUUUGAAACUUAUUGCUCAAUCAG